UUCGAAUAUGGAGUGUUUAAUUGUAGAUUAUUUUUUGAAGAAAAGUCGAUUCCAAUUUUCUAGAUACCACGAGUCUAAUACUAGUGUUGUUUUUGCUUGAAAUGUCAAAUGGCUGCUAUUGAUUUUGUUGUGACAAUAUUGACUAGGUGACAGGACGGACCUUUUGUUUUUAGUCCUUUGAUUUUGCAAAAUUAAACAUAUUCUGUCAAAUAUCUCAUAUUCCUGGAAAUUGUUAAACCUGCAGGGCUAUAUUCAUUUGGUUUGGUGGAGAGCCAGAAUUGGUAGCUUCGACCCAUACAUGUACAGAUACAGAUACAAGAGUGAUCUUAAUUUGUUCGUUUGCAGUUCAGAGAUCUCCAGUAGUUCUCCAAGAGCAAGUAGAGGCUGGAGACAUACUGGCGAUAUCCUGGACCAGUUCUGGAGAGGGGAAAUGAAUAGACUCCCAGUCCUCAAUUUUAUGUAAGCCGACAGUAGAUGGGGUGGGCGGUAUUCCGGCUGGCUGUCAGUGUGAUAAGGACAAUCUUCUCUGGAUUGCCGACAUGAGGCUUGGACUCAUCACUGUUGAUAAAAAUGGCACCCUCAAACAGGUUUGUAAGGAAGACAACUCUGGCCGUACCAUGCAGGGCUGUAACGACUGUACAUUUGACUAUGAUGGGAAUCUGUGGAUAACGGCUCCUGCAGGAAAAAUUGCCCCUCAUCCAUAUGAGAGAUCAAUGGAGGAUCCCUUUGGGUCAGUGUACUGCUAUACUAAUGAGAAGGAGAUGGUGAUGGUGGACACAGGACUGAGAUUCCCUAAUGGUAUUGCUGUGCUUCACUCUCCAGAUGGCAGACCCAACACACUGAUUGUCGCAGAGACACCCACCAAAUCUCUGUGGGCUUACGAAAUCCAGGGACCUGGCAAAGUGGGACAAAGGAAACUCUGGGGGAAAUUACCAGGUGAGCUGGAAGGAGGCCCAGAUGGAAUGGACUUUGAUGAGGAUAACAACCUCUUAGUGGCCCACUGGGGGUCGGGGGUCCUGGAAGUGUUUGGACGAGAGGGAGGAAGCCCACACACCCGCAUCAAAUGUCCAUUCUCCAGGACAAGCAAUCUCCACUUUAGGAAAGGAACAAAUGAGGUGUAUGUCACGGAACAUGACUCCCAUGGACUGUGGAUGUUUGAGUGGAAGAGGGCAGGCAAGCUACAGUACUGUGACGUCAUAUCAAUGUGAUUCAGGGCUGGGUAUUAGGUGUAUUGUGUUGACAUAUCACUGUUAGUCAUUUUAGGAAAUUGAUUACAAAUGUUUAAAUUGUUCCCAAUUCUGUUUAUACUUGUGAAAGCAGCAAUAUUCUAAGAGCUUUGGUAGACCACAUGUAACAAUCGGAAUUGUAAAACCUCAUCAGUCUGUACAAUGUUCAAAAUGAAUAUCUUUUUCAAAAAGUGAAUUAUUGAAGGCAUAUGUCUAACCUAAAAUUGCAGCUGUCAGUCAUUGUGCUGAUUCAGCUAAUGUUUUCAUUUGUGAUGAAACUUUCAUUACUGAUCCAAUCGCAUUACAAUGGUAAUUGUCAAAUAUGAUUUUAUAAGAUAUUUUUAAUGUACAGCAGUACAAUUAGACCUCUGGGGUUUUCUUUCUGUCCUAUUUGUUGUUUCAUUUUUGUAAUGGUCAAUAUGAAUUGCUUUCAUGAUGGUUUUUUUUUUCAAGGUACAAUGUGGAAGGCAUUGAUAUGAAAUUAUUUUUAAUACAUGGGUUUGUAUGGUGUUCACAGAUUUCAAACUUACAACAAAUUGGAAAGUUCCGAACUAAACGAUCACCAUGGCAGGUCUCAGCUUUGUAACACAAAAAAACCCCUGUUUUAUGAAAGGUGCUAUACUAUAAUACCAUAUUAUGCAGCUAGUACUGUGAAAUUUGUGAUAAAAGAUAAUUCUUGAAAUCAAACAGAACAUAUAUUUAUCACUGCAGCAAUGGAGGGUGAUAGACACACAUUCUGUCAAUAUGUUGUUUGGCAUGACAAUGUUCAAUUUGUACAUGCACACCAGCACGCACACACACAUACAUAUAUAUAAUGGUGCUCUUUCAAGAAUUUGUUAUUUGUUUUUAUAUUUUGAUUCCUUGAACUUGUGAUAAUAUAUCAUCAAUGGCAUUAGUAUAUAUACAUGUAAAUAACUGUUGAUCAGAUUGAAUUCUUUUUAUUAUGAAAUACUUGUACAUUCCAGUCAGUAUUUUUAUUAUGUGUAUGAACAUGUAUAUUUUGUUAUUUAUCAAAUCAUAAUUCAUGACACACAAAUAAGAAUGUAUGAUUAAAUGAAAUCUUAGCAAUGGAAAA